AUGCUCCUUUCUUCUUCUUUUUCUUCUUCUUCUUCUUCUUCUUCUUCUUCUUCUUCUUCUUCUUCUUCUUCUUCUUCUCAUGCCUACCUCUUCUGUCCACUUCUGCUCCUUUCUUCUUCGUUUUCUUCUUCUCAAUCUUGCUCCUCUUUUUUCUCCCUUUCUUACUUCAUCUUUUGUGUUACUCUUCUUUCUCACGUUUUUCUUUUUCUACACCUUCCUAACUUCUUACACUCUUUGUCUCUUUCUUCUUCUUUAUUCAUAUUUCUUCUUUGUCUUCCGCCAUGUCUUUUCCUACGAUUCUCUUCAUCUGAUCUUUCUUUAUAUCUUCUUUCUUUUUUUUUCUUUCUUUUUGCCUCGUUUUCAAUUAAUCUUCAGAACUAUUCUCAUUUAUCAUUUUCUACUCUUUCUUCAUCUUUUCUUAUUUUCACUCUCUUUUUCCACUCUCUUUUUCCACGUGUUCUUUUCUUAUUUUCACUGUCUUUUUCCACACUUGUCUCUCUUCUCGUCCUAUUUGAAGAUAUUCCAUUUUAUCGUCUGUCCCAAUCCUUCUUUUCCCGCCGAGUCUCCAAGACUGCCAGUCUCCACUUCUCACCGCAAUUUAUACGUUCCUUAUUCCACAGCCUAUCUGUUAACACGAAAAAACCAACCGAUUUUCCGACAAUUGAACAUUUCUUGAUCCGGCUAUUACUAUCUAUCUAUCUAUCUAUCUAUCUAUCUAUCUAUCUAUCUAAUCUGUUCAUAUUAUUUUUCUGUUUAUAUUUUUCUAUCUGUCUAUUAAUAUAUCAAACUAACUGUCUGUCUGCCUAUCUAUCUAUCUAUCUAUCUAUCUAUCUAUCUAUCUAUCUAUCUAUCUUUCUAUCUAUCAGUUUACUUAUAUUUUUCUCUGUCUAUCUACUGACUAUCUGUCUGCGUGCGUGCGUAUCUAUCUAUCUAUCUAUCUAUCUAUCUAUCUAUCUAUCUAUCUAUCUAUCUAUCUCAGUCUGUUUAUAUUUUUCUAUCUGUCUAUUAAUAUAUCAAACUAAUUGUCUGUCUGCCUAUCUAUCUAUCUAUCUAUCUAUCUAUCUAUCUAUCUAUCUUUCUAUCUAUCAGUUUACUUAUAUUUUUCUCUGUCUAUCUUCUGUUCCUAUCUAUCUAUCUUUCUAUCUAUCUAUCUGUGAGUUGGUAUUUCUAUGUGUCUAUCAAUCUUCAUGUGCAUCUUUCUAA